UUUUUUAAUCUGUACCUUUGCAGGUUCUUUGACAUUGACAUUUCAGUAAAGUUCGAUUUCUUCAAAAAUUCGCUGCGUGAUAUCUAAUCACGUUUUAGGUUUAGUUUAGUUAAAAUAGUGUAAAAAAUAUCGAAAUGUCUUUAUUCGGCGAUAUAUUAUCCAUAAAUAAGAAUGAGGAGAAAGCACAGCAGGCGGGGUCGAAUCUAUCUCCCUAUUUGAACUUCGAUCCCCAUAUCAUACCGAAAAUGCAGCCGGAAUUCUUGUAUCCUGAUGACAGUCACAUGGCAUCUACAGCUCGAAGGUCUAACGUAGCACUACCUAUCAUUGGAAUGUCUUUCAUGACGGGAUCAGGUUUAGGUGGAAUGGCAGGUUUAUACAGAGGUCUGAGGGCAACCACACUGGCAGGACAGACGGGCAAAGUGCGACGAACGCAAGUCAUCAAUUACAUCAUGAAACAAGGCACAAACACAGGCUGCACUCUCGGCAUCAUCGCAUCAUUCUACUCAUGUAUCGCGCUCGGCGUCACAUGGCUACGUGACAAGGAGGAUACAGCAAACACCUUCAUCGCAGCUGCCACUACCGGGGUCUUAUACAAGAGCACCUCUGGCAUACGCUCCAUGGGCCUCGGGGCCGCGGUCGGCCUCACCCUCGCAGGAGUCUACACACUCAUCACCGACAAUGACAACAUAUGGAGUAAAGCCCGAUACAACAGAUUGUGAUUCAACCCGCCUAGUUUUGUAAAUAUUUAAUAGACUGUUAUUUUUAGUUUUGUUAUGGUCAACGCCAAAGGAUCUGCCGGGACGCAGGGACUUAUUUGUACCAUGUUCCACGUACCUGUUUAGAUUUAUGUAUAGUGCUUUUUGGUAUCCAUAAACUGUGCAGACAAGUUGUGUAGCUUUUGCCAUAGAUGCAAUGUACUUAAUAAAUAUUCUUCCUGUUUUUAAAUGGUAUAUUUAUUGGGUAAUGUAGUUUAGAGAUUAUAGAAAAUUGGAAAUUAGCCUUUAGACUGCCAAUCAUAGGGCUUCCUACGCCAAAACUAAAGUGGGGUAUUAUAAAUUAUUAUGGAAGUCAAAUAGGUAAUAAAAUUGCUCAAAUGUCUUGAUGACAGUAAAGAUGGUAGUCUGUCACUACCCAUCUUUCAUGUCUUCGAAACUAUGAAUACGAAUGUACAGUAUUCAGUCUCUUGAAUCUAUAAAUAAAUUAUUUAUCUUUAAAUAUUUACUCACACCAGCCUUGAACACAAUUAUCACUAUUUGUGUACAGUUUAUGGAUAGCUCACCCUGUAUUGCGUACAUAUUCCCGCCUUGUCGUAUCAGGACCGCACAAAUAUG